CACCUUGGCGUGUUUAUGAUCUCGAUGUUGUUUGCUGUGGGAAUGUUAUGCUCAUCGUCGAAAGGUGGGCCGAACUGGUCGGAUUCAUUGGUCCACGCCAACACGCACAUGAAUCGUGUUAGCCAAAGGGAUGAGGAUUUGUGGGAAAGGUACAAGAGAUCAGAAGAUGGCUCAGAAGAGAAGACAGAAAUUCUCAAGGAGAUAAAGGAUAGAAUUAUGCAUAGAAAACACUUGGAUGGAAGCGCGGAAGUCAUUAGCAUAUUUGUUUUUGCAGAUGGGGAUCUUCAUUCCUACUUCAGUUCUAUUAGACGAAAUGGUUCGCCCAUUGUAGAUGACUGGGAAUGUCACAAGUCAAUGAUUCGAACUUUUGAGACAUAUUGUGGAGCGCUUGGUGAUGUUGACAUGGAACGCAUGGACAUAUUUGCUGACUUUUGUAAUAAUGGGGUAUCUCAGGCAACUAUGGAGGAGGCUUGUAUGGUUGCAUGUAGUGGGUAUGACGUGGGGCAGUGGAAUCCUUCCAUCAUAGGUUAUACUGUUUGA